UCGAUCGAGAAUUUUAUUUUUAUUUGGACAUUCGAUUUUUAUUUUUUUUAUUUUCCUCUUUUUAGAGAAGGGCACCGACUAAUUUUUUUCUUACCGACAAAUGCACUUUUGUGCUGUAAAAAAUUUAGUAGUUUGUGGGGGGGGGGGGAUGUGGAGGGACCGGGUAAAGAGAAAAAAGGUAUGAAAAGGUAUGGGAAGGGCUCCUAUACAAAGGAUCGUUUUUUAAAGGGUCGCCCUGUUAAAGGAUCGUCACGGGCAAAAAGUAUUAAAGGGCCGUUCAUUAAAGGAUCGUCCAUCAAAGGAUCGUCAAGCGUAAAAACGUUCAAAGGGUCGUCAUUUUUUUAA